UUUCUCUCUCAAAAACUUUUACAGAGAGGAAGGGAGUGUUGUAGGUUGAUUCUGUAUCUUCUCUUCUUCUAUCAAAUCUUCAAACUCCAUUAAUGGUGGGAUUUAAUUAAGGAAUAUCAAAAUCCAUAUCAUUCUCAUUCUUUACUUCCAAAACAGUCUCACCUUAUUGUUAGGUAGAGAGAAAGAAAAGAAGUUAAGGGUUUUAGAGAGAGAGAGAGAGAAACAAGCGAAGACAGAAGAAAUUGAGACAAGAAAAACAGAUUCAUCGAUGGGUUUGAUUUUCCUCACCGUUACUUCAUAAGUAUUUUUUCCUUCUGUUUAUUGUUACUAUAUAUCCAAAGAAAUUUGAGUUAGAAUGAUAGGGUUUUAGUAUAAAAUCACAGAAUGGGGCAUAAGAAACGGAACCCUGGUUUACGACACAAACCCACUUCAGCUAAGCCCUCUGCCUCUGCCACAACUGUAGUUUCAGUAACGGCAGAGGAGGUAGUUGAAGAUGGUGUUAUUGAAGAUGAGAAGUUGUUAACACUCGGUUAUCCUAAUGAGCAGAAUUAUAAUGUUAUGGAUGAUUCAUUGUUUUCUUGUAUCAAAGUUGAAUGUGAAAAAGCCCUAACAGCACUACGAAGAGGGAAUCAUACAAAGGCUUUAAGACUUAUGAAGGAGGCUAGUCUUCGGUAUGAGAGUAUUGGUUUAAUUCAUCGAGUUCAAGGGACUAUUUGUGUUAAAGUUGCUGCCUUAAUUGAAGAUCCAAAUGUCAAACAAAGACAUAUUAAGAAUGCGAUCGAGUCUGCAAGAAGAGCUGUUUCAUUGUCGCCCAACUCGAUUGAGUUUGCUCAUUUUUAUGCUAAUUUGCUGUUAGAAUCUGUAAAUGAGAGUAAGGUUGGGUAUGAUGAGAUUAUUCAUGAGUGUGAUAGGGCACUCUCUAUUCAGAAUCCUAUCGACCCAGCGAAGGAGAGUUUGCAGGAUGAGAGCCAGCACAAAUUACUAACACCCGAGGAACGGAUAGACUAUGUUCAACAGGAACUUCGUAAUCUUAUUCAGAGAGCCAACAUUGCGUCAAUUUCAAAUUGGAUGAAGAAUCUAAAUAAUGGGACGGGCGAAAAGUUUCAGUUGAUUCCAGUGAGACGGAUAACCGAAGAUCCUAUGGAGGCUAGUUUAGCUCAGGCUAGACGGCCUAAUGAGAUCAAAAAAGCAACUAAGACACCUGAGGAGAGAAGGAAGGAAAUUGAAGUACGUGUAGCUGCUGCUAGGCUGUUGCAACAGAAACCUGAUUUGCUUCCUGUGGAGAAUGAUGAAGGUAGAGACAUAGAUUCAUCUUUGGGGACUCACAAAGUGGUUGAGCGACGUAAGCAUUUAAAUUUGCGGAAGAUUGCAUCCUUCUCAGACAGGAUGAAUCAUGUUAAAUCUUUUUGGGAUUCAAUGGCCCUUGAGAAGAAGCAAAGUUUGCUCCAUGUGAGUAUUGAGGAUCUCAAGUCCCAUUUCAGGUCAUCAAAGGAUAGUUUGAUGCUAGAGACUCUGUUAGAAGCCCUGUUAUUUGUGCAGGAUAAGAAGACGUGGAAGUUCUGGGUGUGCUGCUGCUGCAGUGAGAAGUUUACUGAUGGUGAUUCACAUAUGCAACAUGUGGUGAGGGAGCAUAUGGGUAGCCUCUCUCCAAAUUUGCAGUCGGUAUUGCCUCAAGAAGUUGACACUGAUUGGACUAGGAUGCUUCAAUAUGGCUCAUGGAAACCCGUUGAUUCUUCUGUUGCUUUCAAAAUGGCUGAAGAUCGAUCAAAUUGCCGAUCUUCUAAACUCUUGAAUGGUUACUAUAGCAGGAAUGAUGAUGAUGAUGAUGAUGUUGAUGAUGACGAGAGGAGGAAUGCCAGUACAACUGACAAUUGGUACUCAAGAGACACAUGGGAUUCCGAUGAGGAGAAGGAGUUGACAAUGGAUGGUGACCAAAUGGCAAUGUGUUCUAAUGGAAGCUUAGUUGAAAGCGGAAGGCAUGAAAAUGUUUCCAGCUGGGAGGAAUAUGAUAACACUAGGUGGUUGAAAUCAUUCCCCAUCACAAAAUCUUGGCCAACAUGCGAGGAUACUGAACGCGCAAAACUCCUUGAGAAUAUCCACGUGAUGUUCCAGUCUCUUAUUAGACAUAAAUGUCUCGCAGCAAGCCAUCUUAAUAAAGUCAUUCAAUACACAAUGGACGAGCUUCAAAGACUUGCUCCUGGUUCACAGCUUUCAAACCUUGGUUUGGACCAAACACCUCGCUGUAUUUGUUUCUUGGGAGCUUCCCAACUUAGCAAGGUCCUCAAAUUUUUGCAGGAGCUUUCUCAUUCUUGCGGAUUAAGUAGAUAUCCUGAUAAGGCCAGCUUAACAUAUGAGAAACCAAGUGAUGCUAAAGAACCUGAAAUCAAAGAAAUAGUUGUUCUGAGCAGGGAUUCAUCAUUUCUUUUUUUAGGGGAGCGUUUAUUUAGAAGCAGUGGUUAUGAGAAAGGUUGCUCCAUGAGUUAUGGUGAUGCAGCAGCCACUCCUUUUCCCUUUAGUGAUAAUGACGAUUGUCUUCCACUCGAUAGCAGUGCUCUGUUAUCCUGGAUUUUCUCAGGCCCUUCGAGUGGGGAAAAGCUUGCUUCAUGGAUCCGUCUGAGGGAAGAAAACUCCCAUCGUGGAUUAGAAUUUCUUCAGAUGCUUGAGAAGGAACAUUACCUCUUACAAGGCUUGUGCGAGAGGAAAUGUGAGCAUUUGAGCUAUGAUGAAGCUUUACAAGCAGUUGAGAGUCUCAUUUUCGAAGAGCUUAGAAAAAGAGAGCAUGUUACUAGAUUUGCCUCUCGUAGUUUGGAGGCUGUCGUUCGCAAGCGUCAAGAAGAACUUACUGAAAGAGAAAGUGAUGUUAUGUCCAUCGGUAGUAGGUUCGAGUUGGAGGCUCUAUCAAGUGUUCUCAAAGAAGCACAGUCUUUGAGUAUUGCACCAUUUGGAUACGAAGAAACUCUGUCUGGUGUCACUACUCGUUUAUGUGAUACAGAUUAUGGAGAAGAUGAUGACUGGAGAAUGUACGAUGUUCUUCAUCAAGCAGAUAAUUGCAUUCAAGUAGCACUGCGGAGACAGAAGGAACAGUUGUCUGUAGAGCUCAGCAAAAUUGAUGCCAGGAUCAUGCGAAAUGUCACUGGCAUGCAACAGUUAGAGCUUAAGCUUGGACCCUUGUCUUCCUACGAUUUUCGAGCGAUUAUUCUGCCUCUUGUUAAGUCAUUCAUGCGGGCACAUUUGGAAGAACUAGUUGACAAAGAUGCUACAGAGAGAUCUGAAGUUGCAAGAGAAGCAUUUUUAGCUGAACUUGCACUUGAUUCUAAAAAGGGUAAUCACAAAGGCGGUGAUUCUAAACAUAUCCAAGAGAAGAUGAAGGAUAAGAAAAAGAACAGGGAUCACAGAAAAGCUAAGAAUCUAAAGGCAAGUGGUGGUAGUGAGCAGCUUCCCCACAAAAUAACUGCGGAGAAGACUCACUUCCCUGUUACCAAUGAUAGUCAACCGGAUUCAGAGAUCGUAGUUGGUGUUGUUGGUGAUGACUUAUCACGAGAAGAAGAAGAUUAUAGGCGUCAAAUUGAGCUUGAAGCGGAGGAAAGAAAGCUUGAAGAAACUCUGGAGUAUCAAAGGAGAAUCGAGAAUGAGGCAAAACAGAAGCACUUAGCUGAAUUAAAUAAGAAGGAAAGUGGAAGAAUGCUAGAUAGCGUGGCAGCCGAAUUCUCUGUUGAAUUAAACCCCAUCGUCUAUGAUUUAGAUGCUUCCGAGAAGUUGGGAAACCGUAACCCAGUAAGCUUUCCGUGCAAUGGUGGUUCCGGUGAUAGUUGGGGCAGGGUUGACCAUGGGGCAUCUUCUUCUGGUGCCUUCUCUGUGGAUAAUCAGGAACUUGAACAUAGUAAUUCCAGAGAGAAUUCCAUGGGGCGUGACAUGGUCCUAACUUCUGAAAGUUGGGUUGUCUCUAAUAGCAAGCCUGAAAAUUUGCGUGAACCUUUCGAAGAGCCCUCCGCGGGCAUUCCUUAUUUAGCAGAAGAUUCAAUAGGUGUCUCUAUAAGCAGUACAAAUGGGACCAUGGUUUCUACAGAAGCCUCUGCCAGCUCAGUUGCCCACACUAGUAAAAGAACAAAUAAUCAAUCUCAAAUCGGAGUUGAGCAAGUCAUCAACAGUGGAUCUCCCAACAAUGGUUUUCCGCCUUCCGAGCGCCGGGUGGGAAGACAACGUAGACGGCGUAACAGCUCUACCAGUGUUGUUGAAGGAAGUUCCCGAUCCUUGUCUUCUGAUAAAGGUAUUCGUGACACUGGAAGUUUGCAAAAUGAAUGUUGCAUCAAAGAUAAUGCUGGUGCAGGGGAUCAGAGGACUCAUGUUGGUACUGGUGAUCCAUGUUUUGUAGAUACUGGAGCAAAAUCACUGAGGGAACUGCAUGCUGAAGAAGAUGACGAGGAAAGGUUCCAGGCCGACCUUAAGAAAGCCGUCCGUCAAAGCCUUGACACAUUUCAAGCACGUCAAUUUUCAUCAGUAAUUCUUGGACCAAGAGUGUUGCUUCCAGAAACAGCCACAUCAUCAGAUGAGUUGAGAGUUUCACAAGGUGAAAUCAUUUUUGGCAGCUUAAAUGGAACGGAUGUAUUGGGAACAGGAUUAAAAAAUGAAGCUGGUGAAUACAAUUGUUUUUUGAAUGUCAUCAUACAGUCCCUAUGGCAUUUAAAACGGUUUCGCGAAGAGUUCUUAGGAAAAUCAAUUUUAUCACAUCUUCAUGUUGGGGAUCCUUGUGCUGUAUGUGCACUAUAUGACAUUUUUAUGGCUUUAAGCACGGCAUCUACCGAUAAGCGAACUGAAGCAGUUGCUCCUACCUCUUUGAGAGUUGCUCUUAGCAACUUGUAUCCAGAUAGUAAUUUCUUUCAAGAGGCACAGAUGAAUGAUGCCUCUGAAGUAUUGGCAGUAAUCUUUAACUGUCUUCAUAGGUCAUUUACAUCUGAUUCUAGUGAAUUUGAUGUUGAAUGUGAAGAAAGUAAUUGCAAUGGGUCUUGGGACUGUGCAACCAAAGCUUGCAUUGCACAUUCUCUUUUUGGGAUGAACAUCUUUGAGCAGAUGAGUUGCUACAAUUGUAAGUUGGAGUCGAAACAUAUGAAGUACACUUCAUUCUUUCACAACGUCAAUGCUAGUGCUCUUCGAACAGCAAAGCAGAUUAUGUGUGCGGACAGCUCUCUUGACGAGCUUUUGAAUAUCGUAGAGAUGAAUCACCAGUUAGCAUGUGACCCAGAGUCUGGUGGCUGUGGAAAACAUAAUUACAUCCAUCACUUCCUUUCAACUCCACCUCAUGUGUUCACAGCAGUGCUUGGUUGGCAGAAUACGUGUGAGAGCGCAGAUGACAUCAAGGCAACGGUGGCAGCUCUAACCACUGAGUUAGAUGUUGCUGUCCUAUUUCGGGGGCUGGAUCCAGGGAACAAACACCGUCUAGUUUCAGUGGUAUGUUAUUAUGGCCAACAUUAUCACUGCUUUGCAUACAGUAUUGAGCAAGACCGGUGGACAAUGUAUGAUGACAGAACUGUCAAGGUAAUUGGUGGAUGGGAUGAUGUUAUUCUCAUGUGUGAAAGAGGGCACUUACAACCUCAGGUUCUUUUCUUUGAAGCUAUGAACUAGGUUAUACCUAGAGAAUCUCUCAUUAUACUCUCUAUUGGGGUUGCUGUUACUGUGUAGUACUCAUUCUGUCAAACAUGGUGAUCCCAAUCCUCAGUCGUAAUCACUUACCCAGGACUUGCAAUGUUCACUGAAAGCAGUCUACAAUUUUGAAAAAGGUAGUAGUAGGUGUUGGAGAUUUGAAAGCCAAUAUAGCAAAAUAGGUCUUUCUCUUCAAAAAUUGUCGGUCUUUAGAGUACAGGUAUAAGGCACCUAUUAAGUGUCAUAAUAGAUCUAUGGUUCAAGCUGAUGAAUAUGUGACACAUGGAUUCAAAGAAGAAUAAGCAGCAAUAAUAUUAUAAUGGUUAGCAGCAGCUUGUUAUAAGCAGAUAUUGGGGGUGGAAUUGUGGCUGAUUACGUCAUAGUCAUAUACAAACAGUCAAAAGAAGAAAUCUGAGUCCUCUGCUGGAUCUGGAUCUGUGCAUAGGGAUUAUAAGGACUCAUCUUUAGGGGGUCCGGAUACUGUAAGUUCAAAUGUUGGAUGAUGAUGAUGAUGAUGAUAAUGCCAAAAUGUAUUGUUUUGGUUUUUAAACUUUCCGUUUAGUAUGUACUGCAGACAAUAUAAGCAUUACUUUUUUGAGCA